UCUGCUCCACAGCUUUCUGCUGCCUGACUCGCUCUCAAAGUCACUCAUCUUUAUUGAGCAACGUACCAAGGAACAACUUAACACGGGCAGCAAGCUUACCAUCCAUGAAGUUACAUGAGUAUACACCCAACAUCAGUGUUGAUGAUUUUGGUGAUGAAACCUACAUGUUCCAGUGCUCCUGUCCAGGCCUGUACCAGUGCAGUGUGACCAACCUGGUGUUUGUCAUGAAGGGAGAAGGAGAUGUGGUUUACAGGACUGUCCCUUGGAACAGAAGGCUGCUGGCCCAACACCACAAGAAGCCUGCAGGACCUCUGUUUGACAUCACGUGUCCUCAGCAGUCUGUGUGUCAGCUUCAUAUCCUACACUGUGAGGUCAUCUCCACAGGUGGAGGCCAGUUCUUGCAGGUUGCUCAUGUGAAAGGUGAGGGCAUCGAGUUUAUCCACCCUCACAAGAUAACCAAAACUCAUGCUAUUAUAAAUAUCGAAGGGUUUUCUGCUUAUGGUAAUGUCAAGGAUGAAGACUCUCCUCCUGACCCAGUCCAAUCAUUGGUUCUGCUCUUCUACAAACCCCCAAACGAUUGUAAUCCCAGAUCUGUCCUCAGUGUGUUCAUGUUGCCACGUAAUGUUGUGUUCCCCAAAAUGCGGCGUGACAGGAAGAAGUCAGACAAAACUGAGAUAUACAUCGAGACAACCUCUGACUGCAAACUGCAUCCAAAGCAGGCUUACACUCUGGCCACUGAUCCUGAACAUGACCUCGUUAAAGUUAAACCAAAACAAGCUGAUUUUCAAGAGGAGUUCUUCGAAAGCUACUUCCCAUCAUUUCAGGUGUUGUUAAAGAAAGUCUUUACAGAUAUUAACCUGUGUCUGAGAGACAAGAGCAGCUCCACCUGUGUUUGGGAAACAGAGGUUUGUCUUUUUCCUACUGGAGGAACAACUGGUACUGUGAAAUCUUUGGAUGCUGGUCCAGAAAAGAUACGAAGGAGCUUCAUCGAAAGUAUAUCAGGACCUGUUCUCAGGAGUCUGCUGGACCACCUGCUGGAAAAAAAAGUGUUAACUAAAGAUGAAGUGGACAAAGCAAAUACAAUGAAAAACAGAAAAGAUAAAGCUAGUUGGGUUUUUGACACUGUGAGCAGGAAAGGUGGUGAUUCAGAAAUGUUUGAGGUUCUCCGUGAGGAGGAUCCCUUUCUCUAUAAACAUCUAGGUUUGAAAUAA